CCUUUCUCCAUCCCUCAAACCCUAACCCUAACCAACAAACCAACAAGAAGAAAGAAAGCAAAGAUGUCGAAAGAGGUGAGCGAAGCGGCGGAGCACCCACCGGCGAAGGACUACACCGACCCACCACCAGCUCCUCUGCUCGACAUGGGUGAGUUCGCCCUCUGGUCCUUCUACCGCGCUCUCAUCGCCGAGUUCAUCGCCACUCUCCUCUUCCUCUACAUCACCGUCGCCACUGUCAUCGGCUACAAAGAUCAGUCCGCCAACGACGCCUGCGGCGGCGUCGGCGUUCUCGGCAUCGCUUGGGCCUUUGGCGGCAUGAUCUUCAUCCUCGUCUACUGCACUGCCGGCAUCUCAGGUGGGCACAUCAACCCGGCAGUGACAUUCGGGCUGUUCCUCGCUCGGAAGGUGUCCUUGUUUAGGGCAAUUGGCUACAUCAUCGCACAGUGUCUCGGCGCCAUUUGCGGCGUUGGUUUGGUCAAAGCUUUCAUGAAACACAAGUACAACUCUCUCGGCGGCGGCGCCAACAUGGUCGCCCCCGGAUACUCCAAGGGCACUGCUCUCGGCGCCGAGAUCAUCGGCACCUUCGUCCUCGUCUACACCGUCUUCUCCGCCACCGACCCCAAACGCAGCGCUCGCGACUCUCACGUCCCAGUGCUUGCACCGUUACCAAUUGGGUUUGCGGUGUUCAUGGUGCACUUGGCGACCAUUCCGAUCACCGGAACCGGAAUCAAUCCGGCGAGGAGCUUAGGUGCUGCAGUCAUCUACAACGAGCACAAGGCUUGGCAUAAUCAUUGGAUAUUCUGGGUUGGACCUUUGGUUGGAGCUUUGGCAGCAGCUGCAUAUCACCAGUAUAUCUUGAGAGCUGCAGCAAUUAAAGCACUUGGAUCUUUCAGGAGCAACCCAAGCAACUGAGCUUUGAAGAUGAUUGUGAGAUGUGAAGCAGGGGAGGAAGAGGGUGUAGUGUUUGGUUCUGUUUUUAAUUUGUUGUUGAAUUCUGAAUAUUAUGGUGGUGACCAUGUACUUUGUUGGUUUGGAAGAGUGGGAGCAAUUUAGUGUUGUUA